AGCGUUCACAGUAGGAGGCAUAGCAAGUGUAAGCCAUCAUCCUGCUUGGGUUACUAGGCAGUAAGCGCGUUUCCGCUUGCACCGGAAGUGGAAGUGUUUCCUGGCGACCGGUGACAGGCGACGGUCUUAGCUGCAGAAUGAAUGUUGGGGUUGCUCACAGCGAGGUGAACCCCAACACCCGUGUACUAAACAGCCGGGGAAUAUGGCUGGCCUACAUUAUCCUGGUGGCCUUCCUACAUAUCAUCCUCCUGAGUUUUCCAUUUUUUAGUGUUCCUGUUGUGUGGACCCUGACGAAUGUAAUCCAUAAUCUGAUUAUGUAUCUGUUCCUGCACACGGUGAAAGGUACACCUUUCGAGACUCCUGACCAGGGUAAGGCAAGACUCCUGACUCACUGGGAGCAGAUGGACUAUGGCCUCCAGUUUACCUCAUCGCGGAAGUUCCUCACUAUAACGCCUAUAGUUCUAUAUCUUCUUGCCAGUUUUUACACAAAGUAUGACGCUGUCCAUUUCUUCAUAAAUACAACGUCGCUGCUCAGUGUUCUCCUUCCCAAGCUCCCACAAUUUCAUGGUGUCAGGAUAUUUGGGAUAAACAAGUACUGAAGAACGCUGUAUAUCUCCUCUACAACAUCGUGUGUUUUUGGACAAUGAGAACAUCUGUCUGCUGCCAACGGCUCCUUUUAAAAUUGAUGCUCUGCAGAGGACUGAUUGGCAGAAAUUAACAGGCCAUAUCUCACAACCAUUCAACCACCUAAAAGCAUCCAGUUCUCCUUGGCACCAAAGAUUUAGCAGGGAAACGUCUUAAUGUACCCCUCUGACGUAAAGGAGGAUGGUGGAUCAGAGCUUUAUAAACAUCACAUAAUGAGUUAUGCACUGUAUCCCGGCAUGGAAAUUUCAUUCUGCCAUCACAGCUCCCCAUCACAUGUGGACCAUGACAUUUGCCUUUAAAACCCCCCUAGUCAAACAGGAUGGCCAAGUUCAUUUUUGUAUACUUUUCAAACUGUACACCGGUGUCUGUACUAAAUGAAGUACUUUAGUAAACAAA